AUGGACGAGAACAUACUGUGGGCGACGGCUGUGGUUGAUAAAAGAGCAGCCCUUGAUAAACGGGAGGAGAAGCGUCGAGCUCGGGCACGAAAGUUGGGGAUUUUGGUUGUGGAUGCACCUUCAAUGGCGGUAGAAGGAGGGAAUGAAUCUCUCAAUCAAAGUGUUGCAAACAUUCAGGCAGAAGAACGAGUGAGGAAGAUCUCCUCUGAUCUGAGGCUGUGUACAAAGAAGAAGAUCAAGAAUAAGACAGCUGCUUCCAAAGACCUGGACUUUUUAAAAGCAGCAGCUCAGGGAAAGAUGGAAGCAGUUGAGAAAUUUCUGAGAGAUGGAGGAGAUCCAAACACCUGUGAUGAGUUCAGGAAAACAGCACUGCAUCGGGCUGCUCUGGAAAAUCAUGCUAAAAUAGUGGAAGAAUUACUGGACAAAGGUGCUGAUAUCAACUUUAAAGACAGGCUGGACUGCAGGGCUGUACACUGGGCUUGCAGAGGUGGAAGUCUCUCAGCUCUGAAAAUUCUUCAGGACAGAGGAGCUGACAUCAAUGUCAGAGACAAACUGCUUAGCUCACCUUUACAUGUGGCCACGCGGACAGGUCACAGCGACGUGGUCCAGCAUCUUCUAGCCAGUGGAAUCAAUAUUAAUGCCAAAGAUUGGGAAGGAGACACAGCUCUGCACGAUGCUGUCAGAUUAAAUCGAUAUAAAAUCGUCAAACUCCUUAUACUGGCAGGAGCCAAUAUGCAGAUCAAGAAUGCUGAAGGCAUUACAGCCACUGAACAGGUGAAGCAAUGGCAGUUUGACACUAAGGAGACACUGGAGAAACUGGAACAGAUGAGAGAGGUUGGUCUGGCCUGACAGACACAUGGAGAUGCAUUGGAUUCAUUAGAGCAUCUGUGAACAGGUGCACAGCUGGAGAACAACCCCACCUCUGUCUGAGUAACUAUUUACUUUCUGUGUUAAUUAGUGA